AGUACAAAUUCGUGGCACUUCGAGUCGCUGCUUCUCAACGAAACUUAAACUUGAACAAUGCCUUCAACAUUAUGGCUAAAACCUAGGAAUGUAUCGCCAAAUGACGUAGACGAACCAUUAUGGGAUCAAAAAACGUUUAUGGGACGUUUACAUCACUUCUUUUGGGUUACUGAUUGGAGAACCGUCCCAACUUCAAAUUCAAGGUUAUUCGAGGCUAAACAAUUUAUCGAGGAUUACAAAUCAGGAAAAAUAUCAGAAAAUUACGACCAAGCGAAAAUUCGCUAUGAGAAAAAAUUGAAGGAAAGCGCUUUUCAUCCAGAUUCUGGUGAAUUGCAGAAUAAUAUUGGAAGAAUGAGCUUUCAAGUACCAGGAGGCAUGGUUAUAACUGGUGGAAUGCUACAGUAUUACAGAUCUACUGGAGCUGUUAUUCUUUGGCAAUGGAUAAAUCAGUCGUUUAAUGCCUUAGUCAACUAUACGAAUAGGAAUGCCGCUUCACCAAUUACGACCACUCAAAUGACGAUCGCCUAUGCAAGUGCUACUUCUGCAGCCGUUCUAAUAGCAGUUGGUUUGAAGGGCAGAUUGGCAAGGACUGUGUCUUCGCCUGUACUGCAAAGAUUCGUUCCAUGGUGCGCUGUUGCGGCCGCCAAUUUGGUUAAUAUUCCAUUUACUAGGCAAAGAGAAUUAGUAGAUGGAGUUAUGAUGUCUACAGAAGACGGUGAAGAGAUUGCGAAAUCUCGAUUUGCAGCUGCAAAGGGUAUUAGUCAAGUUGUAGCCGCAAGAAUUACUAUGGCCAGUCCUGGAAUGCUACUUUUGCCAUUCAUUAUGGAAAGAUUAGAAAAAAGACCUUGGUUCAUGAGAUAUCCUAGAGGUCAUAUUGUCUUUCAGACCCUUGUCGUUGGGGCUUUUCUUACUGUUAUGACACCAAUUGGAUGUGCAAUUUUUCCUCAAAAAUGUUCCGUAUCCAUGGAAACAUUAAAGUUUGUUGAAAAAGACGUUUAUCAGUCAAUAAAGAAGAAUCAUCCGGAUAAAUCUAUUAGCCAUUUAUAUUUUAAUAAGGGAUUAUAA